AUGGAACAAGGUCGAAUCGUACCCGAUCCCCCCAAAUACGACAGAAGCCGACCGCUUCCCCAGGUGGAGCUCGCCUAUCAAUAUAAGCUUCCCAACAUCCCUGGAAAGUCUAGCAUCGGCCUCAUGGUGACAUUCCCUCCCAAUUCGUCGACUCCGCCGCACACACACGCCGGAGCCGCUGUUUCUGCUGUUGUCCUCGAGGGCACUUUGCUCAACAAGAUGAACAGCGAGCCAACUCGGGUUUUUAGCCAGGGCGGAAGCUGGUUCGAGGCUCCCGGCUGCCAUCAUGUGGUCAGCGACAACUACAGCAAGGACGAGCCGGCAAAAUUGUUGGCGACAUUGAUUGUCGACACCGAGGUGGUGGAUAAGGGAGGUGUGCAAGCCCUCGUUGUGUUUGACGACGAGUACAAGGACGUUGCACUUCAUUAA